AUAUCUAUCACUCCACAUUUCUUCUUCCCCAUCACUGCCACAUUUCUCACCCUCUAAAAUUUUCAAAAAACCUUCUCUUCCCUCUAACUUGAUUCGAAAAUCCACAAUGGCCGCCGCCACUCGCGAAGAAAAUGUCUACAUGGCGAAACUCGCUGAGCAAGCCGAACGCUACGAGGAAAUGGUCGACUUCAUGGAGAAAGUCUCGGCUUCCGCCGCCGACAACGAGGGACUCACCAUCGAAGAACGCAACCUCCUCUCCGUUGCUUACAAGAACGUGAUCGGCGCACGCCGUGCUUCGUGGCGCAUCAUCUCCUCCAUUGAGCAGAAAGAGGAGAGCCGUGGUAACGAGGAUCACGUGGCCGUUAUACGUGAUUACCGGGCUAAGAUCGAGUCCGAGCUCUCCUCGAUCUGUGGCGGGAUCUUGAAACUCCUUGACACCACACUCAUCCCUUCGCCUUCCGGUGGAGAUUCAAAGGUCUUUUAUCUUAAGAUGAAGGGAGAUUAUCACAGGUAUUUGGCUGAAUUCAAAACUGGCGCCGAACGUAAGGAAGCUGCUGAGAGUACUCUCACUGCCUACAAAUCCGCUCAGGAGAUUGCCAACGCCGAGUUGGCUCCAACUCACCCGAUCCGACUCGGUCUAGCCCUCAAUUUCUCUGUUUUCUACUACGAGAUUCUCAAUUCUCCUGAUCGCGCUUGCGAACUGGCUAAACAGGCGUUUGAUGAAGCAAUAGCUGAGUUGGAUACACUAGGGGAGGAAUCAUACAAAGACAGCACCCUCAUCAUGCAACUGCUACGUGACAAUCUCACUCUGUGGACCUCCGACAUGCAGGAUGAUGAUGAGAUUAAAGAAGCAGCGAAGCGCGAGGAAGAAGAACAACAAUAGUCAAAGCAGUCUCUGGUGGGCUCUUUCUAUUAUAAUUUGCCAAGUUAGGGUUUCAAUUCAAACCAAACUUGUAUCUUUUUAUGUGUUUUGUUAUGAUAGAUGAUAUUAAUCUUUGUUGUCAUUUAAUCUUCCAUGUUCCAUUGAAAUGCUUCAUGCUGAAUGGUUUGAUAAUUAAUAUUUGUUUUAUUUUCUGAUAA